AAUCUCUGCACUUCUUAGGUCCUUGUGGGAUGAGGAGCGUCCGCACAGUUCCACUGUGUGUAGAGGGUCCUCUUGGUUUGAAAGUCUGUCUUGGGAGGAAAGUCUCUGACUGAUGAUUGCGCUGGUUCACGCAAUGAAGUUGAGAAGGAAUCCGGUCACUUCUAACUUUUGAUUACUGCCUGGCCUGCAAUAAAACGAAAAUUUUGGAAAUAACCCAAUUAACUGGUUUGAAUUCAAAUUAGACGACCUUAGCUAUCACACUUUUCAUUGCAGCCUGUGGUGAAUGUAAGAGUACACUAAGUCUUAUUCUGGAAGGAUAAAGUAUCUUUUUAUCAGGUGUCCGACGAGGAGAGAAUCCCAAAAACAGAGAAAGAAACUGGGGCUGACCCCCCCAAUUUAAAUGUUCCGGAGGUUACUGAUCAUGACAUAUGUGGGUUUCCCAGAAGCAAUGGAAUUAUGGGAGUCAGAGUCCUAAACCGGACUGUGGUUGUCCCAACAAUAGAUAUAAUCUUUUUAGGUUAAAUUGUUCUCAAAGUUUUACAAAUUGCUUUCUUUAGUGUGUUUCAUAAUAGACAUAACUGUGUUUGACUUGCAGAUCACAAACUGCAAUGUUGUACAAUGACCGUGCUGUUCAAGAGAACCACCAUAUCAGUGCUGCCUAUUGUCUUCUACAGGAUGAUGAUGAAAAAAAUAUCUUCACGAAUCUUAACAAAGAUGAUUGGAGAGACCUGAGAACUCUGGUAGUUGAGAUGGUGUUGGCAACUGACAUGUCAUGCCACUUCCAGCAAAUCCAAAACAUGAAGAGCCUCCUGCAACAGCCUGACAAGAUAGAGAAACAAAAGGCCUUGUCUUUGUUGUUGCACACUGCUGACAUUAGCCACCCUGCAAAAACCUGGGAAAUCCAUUACCAGUGGACCACAUCUCUACUGGAGGAGUUCUUUAUACAGGUAUUCUUUUUAAUAUAUUCUGCUGCCUAUUUUGAGGUUCUUUCUCAAAGUCUUCUAUUCAAAUCUGAUCGCUGAUAAGUUGAACGUUUUGUUUUAUUUUGUUUCUGUGUACUUUACCUCUUUCCCCUGGAUUCUUGCUCAUUCUUAGUCUGUCUUAGUCAGCAAGUGAUAAAACAAUAAAAAUACAGCAAGGCCCUAUCAGACCUUCAGAAUGAAGUGAAUGACUACUUGUCAUUGUGACACAGCAUACCA